GUCUACAGCUCAAAAGGGGUGGCUGGAGACGAAAACAAUUCCAGAAAUGGAAGUGGGAUUACGUGUUGUACGGGGGCCUGAUUGGAAAUGGGGAAAUCAAGAUGAAGGCGAGGGUCACCUUGGCACAGUAGUGGAGAUCGGAAAGCCUGGUAGCUCAACAUCCCCUGAUAAGACUGUGGUUGUGCAGUGGGAUAAUGGAACACGUACCAACUAUAGAGUGGGCUACCAGGGAUCACAUGACCUCAGAAUAAUCGACAAUGCACCUAUUGGUGUGAAACAUCCCAACAUUAUAUGUGAUGCCUGUAAGAAGCAAGGGGUGAUGGGAAUGCGUUGGAAAUGUACAAAAUGCUUCGACUUUGACCUUUGCACCCAAUGCUACAUGGCCGAUCAACAUGAUCUGACACAUUCAUUUCUGAGGUUUGAUUCGGCCUCACACCAAGGCCACAAAGUGCCAAAAAGAGUGAAUGCUGCAAAGAUCCCAACCAAAGGUAUCCUGCAGGGGGCCAAGGUAGUAAGAGGCCCAGACUGGGAUUGGGGAAAUCAAGAUGGUGGUGAUGGGAAGAUCGGCAAAGUUCUGGAUAUCAGGGGUUGGGACACAGAAUCAGGUCGAAGUGUCGCUAAUGUCACAUGGGCUUCAGGCUCUACCAAUGUAUAUAGGCUUGGUCACAAAGGCAAGGUUGACAUCAAAUACGUACAGGAAGCCACAGGGGGAACAUAUUAUAAGGACCAUCUUCCUGUAUUAGGUGAAUCAAAGGAGGUGUCUGUAUCCCAAACUGCAACAUGUGUGUUCAAGGUAGGGGACAAGGUCCGGGUAGAUUUGGAGGUUGAAAUACUGAAAGCCAUGCAAGAGGGCCAUGGAGGAUGGAAUCCAAAGAUGGCAGAGUAUAUUGCCAAAGUGGGAACAGUGCAUCGUAUUACAGAGAGAGGAGAUGUCAGGGUACAAUACGAGGGCUGCAGCAAUAGAUGGACCUUUCAUGCAGGGGCAUUAACAAAAGUGCAACAGUUCCAAGUUGGGGAUGUAGUGAAGAUAGUAGAUGAUGUACAGAGAGUCAGAGACUUCCAAGUUGGACAUGGGGAAUGGACAGAUAAUAUGAGAACAGCUCUGAAUAAGACUGGCAGAGUGCUAAAGGUUUACACAGAUGGGGAUCUGAGAGUUUCAGUGUCAAACCAGACAUGGACAUUUAACCCUGCAUGUUGCAUUAUACAACCACAUGGUGCAGAGGACAUGAACAAUACAAUGGGAGGGGGCCAGGAGAGAGAUGAACCCACUAGUAAUUCAUUAGCUACUCUUCUUGAGCAGUUGAUAGUGGACACUCAGUUGUAUACAACAGGACCUGAUAGACUUGUGCGUGAAUCAGCCCAAGGCAAUAUAGAUGUCGUCAGAGAGAUUAUAGCUAAAUAUCCAGACAAAACUGAUCAGAGAAGCUCUGGAAAGACAGCAUUACAAGUAGCAAGUCAUCAGGGUCACCUUGACAUAGUCAAGAUACUCCUAGCUGCUGGCUCUAACCUAGAGGUACAAGAUGAAGAUGGAGACACUGCCUUACACUACUCAGCCUUCGGUAACCAGCCAGAAAUCACAGAUUUACUUCUGAAGAAGGGAGCAAAUGUGAAUGCUGUAAAUAAUGGUGGCUGUAGUACUCUGCAUGUAGCAGUAAAUAAACAACACAUGAGAUGUGUCAAAACUUUACUCAAACAUAAAUGUAAUGUCAAUAUACAAGACUCCUAUGGAGAUACAGCAUUGCAUGAUGGGAUAGGGAAGGACAGCCGAGAAAUUGUCGAACUGCUCAUAAGUUACCCUGGUAUCGAUUUUACACUACGCAACAAAAGAGGCUUUAACGUUUUACAUCACGCAGCAUUGAAAGGCAAUAAUCACGCAACUGAAAAAACUCUGACUAAGGCUCGCCAAAUGGCAGAUGUUAAGAAGGAUGAUGGAUUUGCAGCUCUUCACCUUGCUGCUCUCAAUGGACACCAAGAAGUGGCAAACACAUUACUAUGUCUGGGACAAGCUGAUUUAGAAAUCAGAAACAACAGGCGACAGACUCCCCUCCUCCUGGCAGUGUCUCAGGGACACACUGCUCUCAUAGAACAACUAGUCUCUAAAGGUGCAGAUGUGAAUGUCCAAGAUGAAGAUGGGGACACAUGUCUACAUCUGGCACUGAUGAGACAAACAGUGGCCAGUGAAUCAAAUAAUUUACCCUUUCUCACAUCAAUUCGCAACGAGCUUGGCAUGACAAACCAGGAAGGUCAAACAGGUGCAGCUAUAGCUUGCUACCUUGCCCAACAGGGGGCGCUACUCAACACAAAAAAUCUCCAAGAAAAGACACCAUUGGACAUCAUCAGUGACCCAAAGGUGGAAGAAGCAAUCAAACAAUUCGCAGCAGAGUUUGCUGCUGGCAAUAGUACAGAACUGCCUGUAACUGAUCAAGCAGAGAGUGGGCCAGAGUGUAUGGUGUGUUGUGACGUCUCUGCUAACGUCACAUUCAAGCCAUGUGGUCACAGAAUCGUCUGCUCAGACUGCUGUGUUAAGAUGAAGAAAUGUCUAGUCUGUCAAGGAAUCAUUGAGAAAAAAAUUGGAAAAGGUGGUUUAUUAAUGGCUCCUAGCCCAACAGCAGGCGUCAGACAGGAGAACGCAGCUCAAGUACAGGACUUAAUAAAAAGAAUGCAGGACUUAGAGGACGCAGUGAAUUGUUCAAUAUGUUUGGAGAAUAAACGAUCUGUAGCGUUCUUAUGUGGACAUGGCGCAUGUCAAGUUUGUGCUCAACCUUUACGAGUCUGCCACAUGUGCCGGAAACCUAUAACAAAGAAAAUCAAUCUCUUUAACUAAAGUGUGACCCUCAAUUCUCCGCCAGAUUACAAAUCUAAUGAUUCUCAAUACGAUCUAGGAUUUUGGAAAAUAACUGUUGACGGCACUCACUCACAAAACUGCAGUAUUAUUUAUUGGAUAGGAUUGGAUUGGAUUGACCUGUUACAAAAAUUGGAAGAUUUAGGUU